CCUUUUGCCUUUCCCUCCACAACUAUCGAUCUUCCAAAAUGCUUUCCCGUGUUGGCUUGAGACCUCUCGCAAGAUUCCCACUCAGAAGCGCCGCUUUCAGCGCCGUCAGAGCCUCCUCCACGUCCACCGUGAAGGUGUCACAUGACCAAGAGCAAGAGCUCCUUGUGAACCAGCGUAAAAACCGUCCCGUGUCCCCCCACUUGACCAUCUACACGCCCCAAAUCACCAUGGUUUUGUCGGGAUUGAACAGAAUCACCGGUGUGGCCAUGGCCGGCGCUUUUUACGCCUUGACUUGCGGCUACGCCGCCACCUCGCUUCUCAGCAUUCCUUUCGACUCUGCGGUGCUUGUGUCGGCAUUUGCCGGCUUGCCUUUUGCCGCCAAGUUGGCUGCCAAGGCCGCCAUGUCCUUCCCCUUUGUUUUCCACUCGCUCAACGGAGUCAGACAUCUUGUUUGGGAUUUCGGCAAGGAAUUGACCAUCUCGGGCGUGAACAGAACUGGCUAUGCUGUUGUCGCUGCCACUGCUGCAUUGGGCUCCUGGAUGAUCUUCUGGUGAUUGGCGAGCACUGACACCCGUGGGCGGGCGUGCAACGGAAACGUUUUUAUGUAAGUACUAGAGCAUUUAUCCAAUUGAAUGAUAUUGACGCUGAAGCACGCGUAGACUCCUCCUGCGGUAGUAUGUCUCUCAAAGGCGCUGUAUCUGUUUUCUUCAACGGGAAUGUCAACCCAGCUUGCGAAGUUCCAGUGGGCAGGGCUUUACCAGCAAGACUCAUUUUCCCCACAUGCAACUCCACUUGAUGGCGCCGGAGCUGCAUUGUUGUCACUUCUCCCCAAAUACACUGUCCGCAUCGAAACAGAGACACGGCGCCUCUACACCACAAAAACCACAUCUAAUCUUCUUGGGUCCCUUAGCGUUUAGCGGCUUGUAGUCCUGCGCGCUGUUCAGAGUGUCUGCUUCACCCUCCGCCGAAAAACUCAGCUUCUUUUUGUCUGUAGAUCCCAUGC